AAGAGUGUUGACCCCCUAGCACACUUAAAUAUCAUUAUCAACAUGGUAUCCUUCCAAAUCCUCUCCGACCUCCAUCUCGAAUCCCCCACUGCCUACGACAUCUUCGAGACUCGGCAAAUUCAUCUUCCUAGACCAAACGCGCUACGACGACGUUUCGGAAGACCUGACUGCGCUCGGCUGCACGCUCCACUCGCGUGUCUCCGCCGAGCAGGAGGAGAGCUGCCCACGCUGCGGAUCUGGCGUUGGCUGAAUAAUGACCAGGUUGCGAGCAUCUCUGCUGCGGAGCCGGGGAGGAGGAUUGUGAUUUUCACACAUCGUAAAUAG